CUCAAAACACUCAAACCUGCGCAGCUGUUUGGAAUAAAUCCAUUCAAGCAAGAACAAAGUGCAAUAUUUAAUUUUCCAAAACAGUAUUAUCAGUAUUCUUAAAUGGGUUUUGGUUGUAGAGUAACGGAGCGGAUAAUUACGGAAAUAACAUGAGUCAAACCAAAUUUUAGUCUUGUUUGUGUCUUUUUAUGGGACGAGAGGAUGUCCACCAUUCGAAAAAGAUUUGCUACCUCUGAAAAACAUGAUGCUCACCACCGAAGCUACAAUGACGUCGAAGCUACCUCAAAAUUUGAAAAACCCCUUCCUGCGAGCCAUUUUAUGGCCAUACUAGGACUGAUCCUCCUUACAUUCUCUUUGGUAAUAAUAAUAGAAAAGCAACUACCUAAAGGUUUGACGAUAGCCGACGAAGAACAAAACCCUGACAGCUUUAUAGCCGAGAGGGCCUACAACAUUUUAAAGAAUUUAACCAGAAUAGGUCCGAGGGUAGCCGGUAGCUAUGAGAAUGAAGUACUAGCAGUGCAGGUGAUAACUGAAGAAAUAAAAAAUAUCAUCAGCAAAUCACAUCCUAAUCAUGUAGUAGAGUUGGAUGUCCAAAAGGCCUCAGGUGCUUUUAAUUUGGAGUUUCUAGAUGGAAUGACCAAUGUAUACCAAGAUGUGCAGAACAUUGUGGUAAAACUAGGUUCUAAAAUCGCUUCUUCUCACAGUUUGUUAAUUAACUGCCAUUUUGACUCUGUCCUAGACAGCCCUGGUGCUAGCGAUGACGGUGCAGGCUGUGCAGUAAUGUUGGAAAUAUUAAGAGCGUUAGUGCAAGCAAAAACCAUUUUACGCCACAAUAUAAUCUUUUUGUUUAAUGGAGGAGAGGAGAAUUUCAUGCCGGCCUCUCAUGGCUUUAUUACGCAGCAUAAAUGGGCAAAAGAAGUUCGAGCAUUCAUAAAUUUGGAGGCCUGCGGAGCUGGUGGUAGAGAAGUACUUUUCCAAGCUGGACCGAAUCAUCCUUGGAUACUGGAGACUUAUUCUGAAGAAGUGCCUUAUCCGUAUGCCUCCUCAUUGGCACAGGAAAUUUUUCAGAGUGGCGUGGUGCCAGGAGAUACUGAUUAUAGGAUAUUUAGAGAUUUUGGAAAUGUAUCUGGUUUGGAUUUCGCCUGGUCCGCCAACGGUUACGUGUACCACACAAAAUUCGACUCCAUUCAACAAGUUCCGUUAGGUUCCCUACAAAGAACAGGUGACAACAUAUUAGCAUUGGCAAAGGGCAUGGCUCAAGGCCAUCAACUGUCAAAUUCCGAUCAGUACAGGGCAGGAAAUUUGGUCUUCUUUGAUUUUUUGGGAGCCUUUGUUAUAAGAUGGCCUAUGGCGGUGGCCGAUGUUAUUAACAUUUUGUCUGUGAUAAUUUCCCUUUAUACCAUUUACGGGAAUACCAAGGAUGCAGGGAGGUAUGAUGGUGUUUCAUCAAAAAUCUACUUAAAUAAACUAACCUGCUGUAUGGGAAUUAUAUUACUCUCGUGGGCACUAUGCGUACUAUUCAAUUUAGGCACAGCGGCCUACCUUACUGGCCUUGGACGUACCAUGAGUUGGUACGCCCGUCCUUAUUGGAUUUUCUUUUUAUAUGUAGUGCCCACACUCGUGAUUUCACUAGUGACGAUUUUACAACAUGCCAAAUAUUAUAAUAAGGAUUUGGAACUAUCGCCGUGGACGGUGUUUCAAUUGUACUACGAUGCAUAUCAGUCUAUUUGGACUAUUGUCCUUUUUAUAGGUAUAGGACUUAGGAUUAGGUCUAGUUUUAUUGCCCUCAUGUGGGUAGCUUUCGCUUCUCUAGGGAAUAUUUUAAAGUCCAAGCUGUUUGGACGGUGGAGAGGUUCAAAAUGGAUAUUUUUACAUAUUUUUACGGUAGGAUUACCGUUUGUUCAACACUUUUAUCUUACUAUUGGAGCUUUGUAUUUGUUUAUUCCAAUUAUGGGAAGGGCUGGGUCAGGUAGCCACGCCGAAUUCCUCAUCGCAGUAAUGGUAAGCCUGAUGUUCGCCUUGCUUUUCUGCUUCGCGGUGCCUUUAAUUCUGCUGGUCAGAACAGUCGAUAGAAUUUUUAACUUCUUAGUGGCCACAUUCCUAAUAUCGUUUGGUGUUUUACUACUUACUCCCUUGGGAUUCCCAUAUUCUGUUAGUAAUGGUAUUUUGGCUCCACAAAGAUUUAUGAUUGCGCACACUCAGCGUAUAUUCCACGACCAAUCAGGCGCUAUAGUCAAUACCUCAAAUGGUUAUUGGAUAGUAGAUAUGGACAUAAACAGUCCGCACACUGUAGAUAAUUACGUCCCCCAAAUGAAAACUGCACACCUGAUCGAAAAAGAUAAAAAUGAAUGCGCGGACUAUUUAUAUUGCGGGUUACCAUAUUUGGUUCCAGUUUUAAAUAUGAUAUGGAAGACCCAUUGGGUGCCUGGACCCGAACCGAAACUUUUGAAGCCCGUUAAUAUGACUGUGAUCGAAAGGAAGACGGUGAACGGCUUAGAGAGGAUUGAAUUUGAGAUUAGUGGUCCAUCUCAUAUUGGUGCAAUAAUAUCUCCCAUUAUUGGAAUAGAAAUAAAAAACUGGAGUAUCCCUACACCGGAACCGUUGGCUGGUCCAAAGUGGAACGGAAGGGAUAGUUACUUUGUUUUCUAUGCCUACGGUUUAGAUCCUGUACCAUUAAGAUUUUGGAUAGAUUUUAAGGUGCCAAACGGCCACACCGGAUCGAUCAUGGACUUUGCCGUCACCUCGCACUACCUCUUCGGCGAUGGUAAGGCGUCACGUGACCUAAAAGACUUCAUUAAUCAGUUUCCCGAUUGGUCGGCGAUCAGUUACUGGACCGCUUCGUACGAGUCAUGGAUCUUAUAGAAAAGUGCCAAAGAAGACCCUUUCACUUUUUCAUCCCCCGCUCUUUAGAUUAGAUUGUUGAAUAAUUGAACUCCUUAUAAAGCUUUUUUGAAUAUGCUUCGAUUUCAAUUCCAUAUAAAGACAUAUCAUUAGUUUAACAUUGGCUUUAGUAAAAUGACGACUGUUUUGGCAAAAAGUUUAUUUAGUCAUUAGUCUUCCACAAAAAUAAGCACGAAUUUUUGCAAUUUGAUUAUUUUACUUAUAAAUCUACUUUUUAGUAUUUAAGCCUUUAUAGCGAAUUGUGAUUGUGAUCCUAGGCCUUUUUACUUAGGACGAUAAAUUUUUAGUGUUAUGAGAACGUUGCCAGUUAAAUAAAUUAUUGUUAAG